AAGACCGCUCACGGCCCCAGAAUCGCCUCUUCAAUCGUCAUGGACAAGUCCCGCAUCUUCCAUGAGUUUUUGGCAAAUGCAAUCUUUCCUCCAUCCAGCACACACUCAAACUCCAUAUCCCGCUGACAUCUUUCAACAACUUCCACUUCGACACCGCGAAUUAUCACUAAGAACCGAGAACAACAAGCAAAACUCACAUCUCUCGCGAAAUGCUGUCCAGAACAGUCCGCGCUGUCUCCAGCCGAGCUCUGGCUGGCUCGAUCCGACCGCUUGCCACUCCCGUGUCGCGACAGUUCGCGCCGCAGAUUGCCCAACCCGCAGCAAAGCGUCACUACCAUGAGAAGGUCCUUGACCACUACUCCCGCCCCCGGAAUGUCGGAACAUUAGACAAGAAAGACAAGUCGGUUGGCGAAGGAUUGGUGGGAGCGCCGGCUUGCGGUGACGUUAUGCGGCUUCAUAUCAAGGUCGAUCCCGAAACCCAGGUCAUCAGCGAUGUUCGAUUCAAGACGUUCGGAUGCGGCUCCGCGAUAGCCUCCUCCAGCUACCUCACAGAGCUUGUUCGGGGAAUGACCCUUGAGCAGGCUGCGAAGGUCAAGAACACCGAGAUCGCGAAGGAACUGUGCCUCCCGCCCGUCAAACUUCACUGCAGUAUGCUUGCUGAAGGUAUAUUGCCCAUGCGAAAUGUCAGACUUGGUUCAUCAUUGCCGCAUGACGCUAAACAGAUAUCACUAGACGCCAUCAAGUCUGCCAUCAACAACUAUUACAAGAAAAACCCCAACGUGAAGCCGACCAAUCUGGGUGGGAGGGAGUCCAAGAUGGAUUCAGUCGCAGCAUGAGCAUUCUUAGCACCAGUUGCUG